UAUCAAGCUGUGAAUGGACAUAGCUCACAAUCUGGCAUGUUCACUCAGAGAAAGCUAAGUAAACGUAUAUGAGUGAGCACGCAAGUGACAGUUAAGUACCAUUGGUGUUGACUACAGGGUUAAAUGAAGCAGUAACUUCGUAGUCAAUGCAGGGAAACGCCUUACCUGUGAAUCAAUUUUAGAGUGAGAGCUGUGAACUAAUGUGUUUACUAUUAGAUCUGUUUGUUUAAUGAAAGUGGCAUUUAGGUUUGACAUUGGCCUUUUUGACGGGACGGACGGAUUCGAGACAGAGGGUAAAUGUUUGUAUGCCUUGUAUUUUCGUCGCAUGGUCGGGACGCGGGACCCUUUUUUGAAAUAGUUAAAAUCACAUUUGCUGGUUUCACCAAAUGUAUUGUUGGCCGCUCAAUGAAAACUUCCGCCUGACAUUCCGGACCAGGCUACAAGUGGUAUACGUAGUCUAAGUCAUUCGGUUUGGCUAAACUCACUCAUCUGUUUGCCUCCAAAAGGAUAUUUUCCCCGCUUCGUAUUUCAGAACAAACACGGUUGUCAUUGGGAUAUUUGUUUAAAAGGACGCUGACGAAGGACGAAGCAGCAAAGCGUGUACCACGGAUCGAAAGUUGGAUCCAUUCAACAGUGAAUAAGAGACACAAUGGCAGAAUCCAACUCAAAAGCAGCACAAGAUUUAGCAGAGUUUAUGGAAACGACGAUGCAAAACCUACAGAGCAAGUUUCAGGCCAUGUCGGAUCAGAUCGUCUCAAGAAUGGAUGAAAUGGGCACCCGCAUUGAUGACUUGGAGAAGAAUGUUGCUGAUCUCAUGACACAGGCAGGGAUGGAGGAACCUCAGACAUCAAAGUAACCUUGAGCAACACAAAAGAGGAAUCUGGAUACCAGUGUGCAGAAGUAGCGACUACAAUGGAAUGAACAAGAGGUGCAGCAUUUCCUGACCCAGAGAGAAUGUCCAAAGCAAUCAUCAGUUUUUCACCUUUCAAUGUGGCAAUACCUCUUAAUCCUUCAAUUGAAGGCAGUGCUAAAAGGGAUGAUUUUUGUUUGGGCGUUGAAUUUGGGGCUAUUUUCCUCCCACAUCCUGUGACA